AAACGUCAAAGUUGAAACAUUCCUUAAUAAGAGUUUCUGCUUUUUGAUGAAAAAGUGACAUUUUGAAGUCUGAUUUAUUUAAAAAAAAAAAAAGGAAAAAAUAUAAAAAUUUUAUUAUUUUAUUCCUCACAGUAAUGCUGUGAGGUUGUUACUGCUAUUAUUCACUGCAUUGUUACCGUUCUAAUACGUUCAUGCAAUGUUAGUUGGCUCCCUGUCCCGCGAAGUAUUACAUUAUUUUUUUAGUGGCCACUUCAAUGUUGUGAUUAUUUUCACAUCUGAUUAAUCGUAUCGUGGUCGAGUAAGACGAGGCACGCGAUCGCAUCAUGUUUUGGACAAAUAAUUACGUGUCAUCUCCUAAUAUCGAAGCUCUUCUUAACAAAGAGGAUGUUACAUUGCAUGAAUUAAUGGAUGAAGAGGAUAUAUUACAAGAAUGUAAAAGCCAAAAUAAAAAACUUAUUGAAUAUCUUACAAGAUCUGAUGUAAUGGAGGAAUUAAUAACACUUACAACUAAAGAACCAUCAACAGAUAUAGAAGAACGUUGGCGUUAUAAAUAUCCAAAUGUAGCUUGCGAGUUAUUGACCUGUGAUGUACCAGUUUUAAAUGAAAAAUUAGCAGGCAAUGAAACAUUAUUGGCAAAACUUUAUUCUUUUAUUGAUACGGACCAGCCAUUAAAUCCUCUUUUAGCAUCAUUUUUUAGCAAAACUAUUGGAGUACUUAUUGGUCGGAAAGCUGUUCAGAACUGGUAUUCGUAUCAGUUCACUUGUUUACAGCUUUUAGAAUUUUUGAAAAGUCGCCAAACAUGCGUCGAUCUUCUUUUACAACAUUUAGAGACAUCUGCAAUUAUGGACUUAGUACUGAAACUUGUUAGUCAAGUUGAAGGAAAUAUGCGGCAAAAUAUUUUAAAUUGGCUAGAUAGUCAACAAUUAGUCCAAAGAGUGGUAAAAUUAUUAUCUCCAAACUCUGAAUCAAGUAAACAUGCAAAUGCUUCACAAUUACUUUGUGAUAUGAUAACUGCUGGAAGAGAAUAUCAACGCACUACUACAGCACGCACUGAUCCAGAUCCUAUUUUAAAUACUCUUGAAUCAGCAGAUACAGUAAGCUUGUUAUUAGAGACUAUUUUAACUGGAGAAAAACUAGAAAGUAGUAUUCUUGGUGGAAUUCGGGUACUUCUUAGACUUCUAGUAAAAACUAACAAUGGAAGAAAUGAAGAUAGCGUUCAUGGAAAUGGUAUUGAAGAUGAAAUUACAGAUAGUAAACAAUUAAUGAUGAAAAUAUCAACUGCAACUUUGCCUUAUUUAGAACAGCUUCACAAACUUUUAUUAGAUCCACCUUAUAAACCUCCUGUUAAAACAACUACUGGUGUAUUAGAAUGUCCAUUUGGUUUUACACGUUUACUUGUUACAAAGUUGUUCGCAACACUAAUGGCAACUGAAAAUGUGAAGAUUUAUGAAGCCUUAGUAGAAUUAGGAACAUUCCAAACGUUACUCGAUUUAUUUUUUAAAUAUACGUGGAACAAUUUUCUACAUACUCAAGUACAAUCUUGCCUGGCAUUAGCUAUUAAUUGUGAUUUUAAGGAUACAAAUAAUAUUAUUUAUGUUAAUAUAUUUAACAAAUGCAGAUUAAUAGAUCGAAUUUUGGAUGCAUGGGAUAAAAAUGAUAGUAAACAAAAUAAAGAAAUUGGAAAUAAACAGGGAUACAUGGGUCAUUUAAUAAAUAUUGCAAAUAACAUUGUUAAUCAGCGUGAAAGAAGUGAAAAUUUAGAUAAAUUUUUGAAGAAUAAUUUAUUACUCGAGUGUCUUAAUAAAUGGGAAAAUUUUGUAAAUGUGGAAUUAACAAAAAUUAAUAAGACUCAUCAAAUUCUUUUGGGUGGAAAGCCUCAGGCAUCUAUGACAAGUUCCAGUGAAAAUCCCGAUGAAUAUAGUUCUUAUCCUCAAGAAGAAUUUCUUCAGGUUCAACGAGUAGAACAAUUUUACACUAAUUAUUUGGGACAACAUAUGACACCACAAUUUACUGAAAAUUUUGGAUUUCAUGAUGAUCAAUUUAAUGAUGGCGAUGAUGCUCUUCAUAACUCAGUUGACCAAUUAUCGACGUUGGCGUUUACUCUCAGUGAAGAAGAUCUUGAUAAAAGAGAAGAUAUGUUUAAUAAGAUAUGUCAACAAAAACAAAAAGCUGACCUGGAAGAUUGUAAUACAGGUGUAGAAUGGGGCGAUGAAGGUGAACUUACUUUUCAGACGGUAGUCGAUAAACGUGAUUGGCCAACAAAGCAGCAACAUAAUGAUUCUAAUUCAUCCGAUGAGGAUGAUGAAGAUCAACGAGACAUGCACAUGGAAAUUGAUUCUACAGAACCUUGGGAAUCAACAGAACAAUUACCUACCAAUACCACACUUCCUGAGGUGAAUCCAUGGGAUGUCGUAUCAUCAGAACCAGUUGAAUCUACUGGCUGGGCAAAUUUUGAUAAUUUUGAAAACACUCUUAACAUAGAAAAUACUGUGAUAAUAGAUAAUAAAUUGUGUGAUGAAUCUAAAAAAGAAACAUUAAGUACAACAUUUGAGAAUAAAAUGGAAACUCAAUUGGGAAGCAAAGUAACUGUAGAAACUAUUGGAGCAGGUGAUAUGAAAAUUGAAGAUACAGUUGAUAGUAUUGCUUCAUAUAUAGGAACAAAUAUAAAUCACCAAAGUACUGAAAGUAAUUUGUAUUCGGAAUGUACUGCCGAUAAAAAUGCAAAUCCAAGUGAAAUUGUAGAUAGCAGAGAAAUCAAGUGUGAAGGAAACGUAAAAAAUACAGAAUUAGCAACUACUACGGUACAAAAUGAAAAGUCUUCGAACGAUUAUAAAAUGUCAAGUAGUUUAAAAAAUACAUCGGAAGCCAUAUUAUCGUCAACAGAUACCAAAUGAAAAAUUAUUUGUUGAGUAUGAUAUUGCAAUAGAACAAAAAAAGUCAUAUCAAGUAUAAAUUUGUACGAACGAUCAGAAUAUAUGUUUUACGUCCCUAUAUUUUCAUUAGAUCACAUUAAUUGUGCUUCAUUGCGUUGGCGCCUGGGUAAUAACUCACAGCAGGGUAUAAAUAUGGAUUGAAAAGUAAAAGACUAACCGACGCUCAACUAUAAAUAGAAUAUUACUUGAUGUAUAUGUACAUGUUCUCGGAUCGCCAAAGUUUCAAUUACAAAUACAACUUCGUAAAAUAGAAUUUUCCAGUUUUUAUUAAUGGACAUUGUUAUUAAAAAUUUUUUUCGAUUUAUAUUUGUAUGUAAUUAAUAUAAAAAUCUAAUUGGAAUCAUAAAUUGAAUAGUCAUAUUCUUUGUAUUGCGGAUUUACGUUAUUACAUUAGCUUAACGAAGUAGAAAAAGUACGAUUUGUACAAAAUCAAUGAACGCCAAGAUAAAACGAACUUGGUCGCUCAAUACCUGUUCACACAGAAGUAUUACAUACUAAUGAGUGUGUAUAUAUGUAAAUAUACAUACAUAUAUAUACACAUGCAUACGUAUAUUGUAAUGUUUUAAGUGAUACUGAUACGAGGCUCCUUUAAAAAAUCAUCCUAAAUAAUAUUUAAUAAAAAAAAACUGGUGCUUUUGCUUCUUCGUUCGAUAAGGCAAAGGUACUUAUGUGCAGUGCCUAUUGUUUAAUUAAACGUUUGCUCGUGCAACGAUGCGAUAUAAACAAAAAAGAAAAUUAUGUAUUUUUAUUACGUUGAUGGUAGUAUUCAUCCAGUGUAUACACAUGUAAUGUAGUGAAAUGUUUCAAUAAUGAAUUUACUUUCAUUUGCA